AUGUCUCUAUUUGGACUCGAUCCCAUGCGAACCAAGCGCCGCAACGCCCUAAAAAAUGCCAGAAAUCAAGGAAAACCAAGGAGCAAUGUUAGAGCAGGCUCUAUAAACAAAUGGAAGCGGCGCGAGGACAUUGAACUCGACGAGCAAGACGCUUGCAAGUUCCAUGAAAACCGCGAUAAAAUUCUAUUAGAGGGUGAAGAAAACGAUAUCUCAGACGACGACCUCGGAAACGAAGUCUUUAGUCUCAAGGGCCUGCCACAGGACCAAGACUCUGAACAAGAGUUUGAAGAAGGUCCAGACGAGACAGACGAAGGUGAAAUAGAGGACAAGGUGCCAUCAAAAUUGAAAAAGGCGACGAAAGAGAGCAAAAAGAAGUCGAACGCCAGGACCAGUCCAACACCAUCAUCUUCUGACCAAUCCGAAGAAAUACAAGAAUCCUGGGGACGAAAGAAGAGCGCAUACUACUCUACAAACGCGAAGGACAUUGACUCGGACGACGAAGAGGCCCAGAAAUUGGAAGAGGCCGAAGUCUUGAGGCUACAGGCUGAGACUCGCUCUGGAUUGGAUGAAGGAGACUUUGGGCUAUUGGAUGCACCACGCACCCUUGUUUCACCGGCAAUUCCAGACGCGCCGUCCGUUGCCACGGUUCUUCCUCAAGAACCCGCCGCGCUUGUUCGGCAUCUCGAGAAGACAAGUCCAGAAACAUUGGCUCUUGCGCGUGAAUGGGAGGAUGUCGUCUUCGAUUUGGCGCGGUCUCAACAAGCAAUCAAAGAACAGGACGCGGAAGCGUCUGCAAGUCCCGCUGCCGGCAUGCUUCAACUCUAUCAUCAGACCUUGCUCACAUACGCUACAACACUUGCAUUUUAUCUACAUAUGCGUGCGGACCGCAAGUAUGCGAGCAAUCCCAGUCUUUUGCAAGACCAUCCAAUAUUGUCACGGCUCCUCACGCUGAAGCAAGCAAUGUCGUCUCUCGAGAAACUAGACUUCGGUCCCGAUUCAACUGGGGGGGAAGAUGAGUUUGACUCCGAGGAUUAUGAGGACGAUAUGCAAGACUUGUGGGGGAAUCAGAGCCUGGCGGAGAUGGACGAGGACGAAUUCCUGGCUUUGGUACAGGAAGCUCGACAAAUGAACGAAAAGGCUACCGCUGCAAGUCAGGACGACAAUGAAGAAGACCUGAUCUCUCCUCCAGCCAAAAAGGAGAAGAAGAAAAGGUCCAAAGACAAAGAGGCGAAAAAGGCAAAGAAGCAAAAGGAAACUCAGCCAAGGCCAUCAGCAAAGGCUAUGGUUUCCACUAAUAUUACAGCCUAUGGCGAACAGACCUCUUUGGAUAACGUGGACGCACUCGAUAAAUCAGCACGCAAAAAGUCGCUUCAGUUUCACACCUCGAAGAUUGAAAGCUCAUCUGCGAGACGUGCCAAGGCCCGUGGCGCGGCGAUGGGUGGUGACGAUGACAUUCCUUACCGCGAACGAGAAAAGGAACGAGAGUUGCGUUUGCAGAGAGAGAAUGCAGCCAAAGUCAAGAAACUUGGCCAAAGUGGCGAGGAUUUGGAGGAUGCGGAGGAUGAGCCCAGAGUUGGCAAGAAGCGAUCUCGAGAGGACAAUGAUGGCGAUACUAGUCAUGCGGACGUGGAUGGCUACUACGAUCUCGUAAAGCGACAGAAAAAGGAGAAGAAAGAAGAAUCCAAGGCUCAUUAUGAGGCUGAAAGGGCUGCCGAGAGGGCUUUGCGAGAGGGAGAUCUUGACUCGGCUGCGGAUGGACCACGAUCCUUGACCCGCGCCAUCCUUAAGAACAAAGGUCUCACGCCAACAAGGUCGAAGAGCGUGCGCAAUCCUCGCGUUAAGAAACGUAUGAAGUAUGACGAGGCAAAGAAGAAGCUCAAGUCUCAAAAGGCCAUCUUUAAGGGUGGAUUGGCCAAUACUGGAGGGAGAUAUGAGGGUGAAACCAGUGGUAUUAGCUCCAAAGUGGUCAAGAGUGUACGGCUGGGAUAG